UUAUUAACCAGCCUAUCUUGAUAGCAAACAUGAUGGCUACUUGUUGGACGAAAGAUAGUUCAAUAAUAAGCUAUUUAAUCAUCUUUUGUUUGGCUAUUGGCCCUCUGCUUUGCUGGGCACAAGCCACCCGGAGUACUGAAGAAGACGUUCCAUCAUCCGACGAGGAGAGCGAUUUGAAUUCAGCCAAAGGGGGUCAUAGACUCGUCGUGAGGCCGGUCGUUCGUGAAUUGCGAACGAUGCGUCGCGUUAGAUCGAUUGGUCAUGAAGAUCACGCCGAACAACUCACCGUCUCUCUUCGCGAAUUGUCUGUCGUCCUAGACCUUCAACUGAACAGAGAUCUAAUUCCAGCCAAUUUUUACGUCCGCCAUCAUGGAAUUGAAGAUGUUUGGAGGUCGGAAGGAUUUUCGGGCCAGCCUUUGCCCGUGUGUCAUUAUAGAGGAAGCGUACGUGACAUGUCUAAUUCAUGGGUGACAUUGUCUACAUGUUUUGGCCUCAGUGGGGCGGUUUUUGAUGGUGUCCAUUUAUUCUACAUCGAACCUUUGAACAAUACACUCGAUGGUGACCACUCGUGGAUUCCACACUCGCAAGAAUUGAAUUCAUCCCUUACACGAUGUGAUGAAGAUCACCAUCACUCAACAGAAUGGCAGAGGAACAAUCAAAGCAUCAAGGUGAAAAGACAAACAACGAAAUCAGAUCAAUUGGCUGUGCACAAUGUCGAGUUGGUGUUGGUUGUCGACUACGCCAUUUAUCGAAGAAAUGAUGGCGAUAUGUACAAGAUCUUGAAACGUGUGUUUGAUAUCGUCAACGUCAUCAAACAGAUUUACUCGUCUCUGCAAAUAUCGGUCAUGUUAGUGGGCGUCGUCGUCUGGUCGUCAGGUGACAAAAUCAACAUUGACAAAGAUGCAAGUCACACGUUAUCCGAGUUUAAAAAGUACCGUCACGCACACCUGGAAGCUAAAGUUCACGACAACGCCCAAUUGAUGACGGGCGUUGAUGGAAAGCAUUUCGGUGGGCCCGUCGGCAGGGCUUACGUCGGGACGUUGUGCAAUGCUCACGAUUCUUGUGGUAUCGCUGUAGAUGAUCCAAAAUCUCCAGCGGCCAUGACGGCAUCAAUCAUGGCUCACGAAAUGGGCCAUAAUUUCGGCAUGCAUCACGAUAAUAUUUCUUGUCAAUGUCCUCAAGGCGAUUGCGUCAUGGCUGCAGCCAUUGGACGGCCAACGAUGCAUUGGAGCUCUUGCAGUCGUCAGCUCAUUCAAGACUCUGCGAAGGCUGCCAGAUUUAAUUGUCUCCGCAAUCGACCAAGCAGGUGCGGGGAUAUGGUAGUCGAUCCCGAAGAAGAAUGCGAUUGCGGCCUGCCCAAUUAUUGCCGGAAUCAAUGCUGCGAUCCGCAUACUUGCAAAUUCAGCCAACGAAGUCUCAGAGUUCAAUGUGCUGACGGCGGUUGCUGUGAUCUUAUGACUUGCCAGUGGGAAUUAGCCGGAGUCGAAUGUCGUCCAGCGGAGAAUGAAUGCGAUUUACCUGAAUAUUGCAUGGGAGAUGGACCUACGUGUCCGUCUGAUUUGCACAAAUACAACGGCAUUGCAUGUCAUUUACGCAAGGUGUGUGUUGACAAAAAGUGUUCGCCGGACCUGUCGGGUAGACACAAUCGACCGGUGCUGUGCCCAGCUAAUUGCACGAAUGGUGGAUUCUGCAAUAAUUUAGGCAAAUGCCAUUGUCCCGAUGGAUUUAAUCCCCCGCUUUGUCAACGGUAUGGAAUGGGAGGCAGCGAAGACGGUGGACCUUCACUAGAUCCUAGAGUCCGCCGGCUAUUCCAACUUGAAUUGUACGUCCUUUUUUUGGCCAUCGUUCCAAUUGUCGGAUUCUUGUUGUUCGUUUUUUAUUUCUUCCUUGACGACGAGCAAAAGAGAUUCUUUUGGGUUUGCGUCCGCCAUCGUUGCGGACGUGGAGGAAAUAAAGGAUCCACCCGGCUGUUUCAUCCAGUUCCGUUGAUUCAAUCGACCAGCAUCGAAAAACCGAUCGAUGAAGUGCGUGAAAAGCGCCAUUUUAGCGACUGGGUGAAAAAUCGUGUCAGGUUGACAUUGCCCAGCAUCAGCUCCUUAUCUGCUAAUGGCCCGUCUUCCACUAUACUGUCGCCGGCCAGCGGUUGUUCGACGGCUACCAUCACCCUCAGCGCUCUCAACACUCCGGAUGCCACGCUAUCGACUCCAGACGCUUUCCUGGCUAUUCCGCCGUCGGUGGAUGAUAAAAGACAAUUGACUCCGCCGGUUCUACGCGUUAUUCGCCCAGCUCCGCCCCCGCCGCCCAAACUGACGGCGAGUGUUGACGAUAGGGGCAAGUCAGUCAAGAACAAGUUUCCUCUGCCUGUUCCAUCAAGUUCGGCCAAACCUCCGUUGCUGUGACGUGUUUAUCUUCGUGAAAGUGCGAGACGAUGUUCCACCCGCCUACGGUUGACUGUACGUAUCAUCUGAAAGUUUUGAAUCGAUUUCCUCAUUCUUUUUUUUUUUUCGUGAUCUACAACUUGUCAGCGGCAAUCGUCUGAACUAAGGUUUUCGAUUUCUUUUUCCGUGUUGAAGUGUAAAACAAUUUCACGUAUAUGAAUCAGCAUUUUGCGAGAUUAGUUUAUUGAUUUUUUUUUAAGCAAUUGAUGAGUUUACAGGCCAAUAGAUUUAAAUAAUUUCCUUCUUA